GUUAGAGUCCGAUUUAGCGACUCUGGAGCUCAAAACGCGUUUGGAGUUUUGGCCGCCGGCGCCGGUCCUCUGACCCGCUGUGCGCUGUGUCCCCCAGACGCGUCUUACGGCAGCCACUUCGGCCUGUACGGCGGCGUCAACCUGCUGCCCGUGUUCGGGGAGCGCAUGAAGACCGUGCCCACCGUGCCGCGCACGCACCACCACUUCGGCACCGGCGUCAACACGGGGUGCGGCAAGCGGGACCUGCCCGUCGAGAGCAGCUCGGAGUCCGCUGCGGUCGGUGACGGUGCCCCUCAGAUUCCAGGACGUGCAGCUGCACCCCACCGUGCUGGAGCUGAAGGCGAUCGCACAGCGCGCCGACUGGGUGCCUGCGCCGAGCCUGGCCAGCGCCAAGGUGGUGAAGCUCGCCCAGCCCACGCGCCGCUACCCACAAGUGCGCCAGGCUUUGUUCCCGUUCCCGAAGGACCCUGCGGGCAACAGCUGCCCCUCGGAACCCCCGCCCCCUCCGCAGCCUCCGCCAACAGACAAGCCGGAGCCGGUGGUUCUGCCAAUGAGCUCCCUCAUGUGGCCCACGCCCUUUUGGUACAACGGGUCGCUGAGUCGCCCGGGCAGGCCGGUGGGCGACGCCAACGACUACAAUUUCUGCAAACUCGCAAAGAGCAGCGUACCCGUCGCGAUGGUGGAGAAAAUGGAGCUGGAUGAUCCCAGCUAUUACAUUCCGGGACAAGUUGGUAAGCUUCGGCAGGACAAGCAAUCCUAUCCCCACAACAGAAAAAAACAGUUCUUGAUAAUUUUGCAACUCUCUGUCACUGCAGCCAAUGAAGGCCAUGCUCCGGAGCCAAAUCAAGUGAUUCAGGAUGAGCCUCCUGUACAGAAUAAAAGACGGCCACUGUAUGAGAGGAGAAUCAUUCCCUUACGUCCUCCACAAGAACAUUACCAACUGAGUCCAUGGAUUGGACAAGACAAAAGGAGUUUGGAAAGGGUCGGAUCAGCGUUUCGAACUGACGUGUGCAAUGGCCACUACACUCUCUACCCUCCAGGACCACAACCUGCCAUAACGCUCAGAAGAUGUGACUAUCCUGACAUAAGGCUGAGUGUGCUGUAAGAAAAGAUGGUAUGAAUGAAAAUAGGCUGAGUUUGUGACUUACGUUUUAUUCAACAUAUCAUCCAUAAUGUAUGUACAAUGUAUGGUUAAAAAAAGAUGUUUGUUAUUAAGAUACAACAUUUUAAAAUACAUACAGUUUCCAAGUCACGGUUUCAAAAUAAUAAAACAUAAGCGGACUGGUCUAAUGUUUUUGCAUUGCUGAUAAUUUUGAAUAACACGCAAAAAAACAGUCUGCUCCUUGUUGGUUCUUGUCAAAAUUACAUUAUGUACAAUGUUCCUUUUUAAUAAUUUUUUUCAAUCAGUUGAAUUGAAGCAAUGAUCUGCUAUACAACUCAUUUUAUUUACAGGGUACCCACAAAACACAGUUUGUGUAACUUUUUUCUAUUUUCGUUUUACUUAUUUUGCCAAUAAAUAUGCUACUUUGAGCAUGCU